GGCAAGUAUAGUGGAAAGCAUUCCUGAAAAUCUAACUUAUCCUGCAGGAUCUCCACAGCAUUUGUCAACUUAUGAAGGAUGGAUGAAUUUAAUUGGUAUGGCACAGAAUACUAUUGAUAUUGCUUCUUUUUAUUGGACUUUAAGGGGAAAUGAUGUUAUACAAGAUCCCUCUGACUGGCAGGGUGAAAUGAUAUUUAAAGAAUUACUUCAAGCUGGGACUGAACGGAAAAUUAAUAUAAAUAUAGCACAAAAUAUUCCAUCAAAAAGUUAUUCUGACAAUGAUACUAAAGAAUUAGAAGCAAAAGGUAAAUAUUUAUACUGUAAUGCAAUUAUUUAA